AUGAGUGGGUUUUCAAGCUCCAGCUUCCAGCAGAAUAAAUUCCAAAAUCAAGGCCCUAAAAUGAGCAUGCCAACCCAAAAUCUUUCUAAUCAAGGAUUUCAUAGUGGCGGUGGCAGCUUUAGCUCGUUCUCAAAUCCAUCAGGAAAUUUUUCUCAAAGGCCAACUGUAGAAAUUGAUUAUGGAGGGCCUAAAGCUCAAACGUUUAACAAAUCUUUUCAGCCUGGAUCAUCUUCUAAAUCUACAGCUCAAUCGCAAGGAUUUAAUUCUCAAAAAGGAUCAUCAUCAAGCCAAAAAUCAACACAGCCAACCCAAGGAGGUUUUAUGUCUUCAGCACCGCAAGGGUCAUCACAAUUUGCUCCUUCACCGGGAGGAUUUGGGGCUUCAUCAUCUCAGUCAUCUUUUCAAGGCUUCAAUACAGGCAAACCAUCUUCCAGCUCUACCUCAACUGGGUUUUCCCAAUCUACGACAGCUUCAAAAGGAGCCUUUUCUUCCAACCCAAUUUCAGGAUCAUCAUUUCAAUCUCAAGGAUCUUUUCAAUCAUCUCAGCCAUUUUCAACCCAAAAAUCAGCAUUUCCUGCAACUCAAGCUCCAACGCAGGGAUUCGGAGCUCCAAAAUUACUUGCUUCUUCAAAUCCAGCAAGCCAAUCAAGCCAAAUAUUUUCAUCAGGGUUUCAGGCUUCUGUCCCACAAAACAAGUCAUCAUUUGCUCCACCCCAAACUGGGUUUGGCGGAGGAGGGCCACCAACUGCAUUUCAAGGGUUUAAGCAAGGACCUAUAAGUACCCCAAGCACAUCUUUGUCCUCAGGGGGGUUUUCUUCUGCUUUUUCAAGUUCUGGAGGAUUUUCUGCACCACAGCCUAGGUCUAUGUUUCCUUCGAAAAGUGAUACAGGAGUUUACUCAGAUACUUUAACUGAAGAAGAAACCAAUGCAUUUAAAAGUGAUAAAUUUGAACUGGGAAAAAUUCCUUUAAAUCCUCCUACAAAAGAACUGUGCCAAUAA